CUCCAUGCAUGGAGUGAUAGUCGUCACUUUGGCGGCAGUUCCUCGCUGACAUAGUCGGGUUUUAUUCACACUUCGUCAAAAUGAAUAAGAUCCUUUUCGCCGUGCUAUGUGCCUUUGUAUUGGCCUUUAUAGGGGCCCAUAGCAUGAGUUCCUAUAGUAACGGAGGAUACGGCCAGAGUUUUGCUCCGUACUACGGUGGGGAAUAUGGCGGUGGAUAUGGUGGAUAUAGCGCCGGAUAUGGCGGUGGAUAUGGCGGUGGAUACGGGGGUGGAUACGGCGGUGGAUACGGUGGAUAUGGCAGUGGAUUUGGUCUUGGCUAUAUCUAUGGAAACGGUCAGAACAAUGACAACAGGAUAUUGAUAACCGGAUUGGCUCUCCUAGCCGCACUAUGGGCCCUCAACAUAUCCGGUAUCCGAGGAUCCGGUUAAUAGGCAUCCGAGAAUCCGGUUAAUAGGGACGCAGAUGAAUUCCAGUGUCGUUCAGACACAGUGGAGGAAACUGCCGUUGGAGACUACAGUCUGUUUUGGUUUAAUUCAAACAACUAUUUUGGAUUAAUAAAUGAUUAUUUCUUACAUA